AUGCAUUUGCAUUUUGAGAAAAACUCCAACACAAGAUGCGACUGCCCGAUACUGUCGCUGUCCUGGAUGGGCAAGGUGCCGGAUGACAUCCCAGAGGAGGAAGGAUGGAAGCUGAAUCGAACCAACUACUACCAGGAAGGAUGGCUGGCUACGGGGAACGUCCGGGGCAUCGUCGGUGUCACGUUCACCACCUCACACUGCAAAAAGAACGUCGACUACCCGUUACGGACCAACUACAACCUAAGAGGCCAUCGGUCCGAUGUAAUCCUGGUCAAGUGGAACGAGCCCUACCAGAAGCUGGCGAGCUGUGAUAGUUCCGGCAUCAUCUUUGUCUGGAUCAAGUACGAAGGUCGGUGGAGCGUGGAGCUGAUCAACGACCGCAACACGCCGGUGACGCACUUCUCCUGGUCGCACGAUGGGCGCAUGGCGCUGAUCUGCUACCAGGAUGGCUUUGUGCUGGUCGGUUCGGUCGCCGGCCAGCGCUACUGGUCGUCAAUGUUGAACCUAGACGCUACCAUCACGUGCGGCAUCUGGACGCCGGACGACCAGCAGGUUUACUUCGGAACCACCCAGGGCCAGAUCAUCGUAAUGGACGUGCACGGUGCCAUGGUGUCCCAGGUGCCACUGAGUGCGGACGUCGGCAUAACGGCGAUGGCUUGGUCAUGCGAGAAGUUCAAGAUGGAGGAGGGCGAAGACACGGAACCCGGCGUGACGAAUGCGUCCAAGCGUAGCUUCGUGCUGGCGGUGAGCUUCCAGAAUGGGUACAUCUAUCUGCUGAAAUCGUACGACGACAUUACGCCCAGCCAGAUCCAUACCGGACUGAACGGCGAGCUGGGAAUCGUGAUGGAGUGGAGCAACUCCCGGGAACUGCUAGCAGUGGCCGGUACGGAGCUGGGCAGUCCACCGGUCACCGACGUCCACGGUGCUACGGUGUAUAACAAUCUACUCAAGUUCUAUACCGAAUCCGGUAGCCUUCUCUACACCGCCAAAAUCCCCAAUAGCACGUAUCCCGUUUCGGCACUCACCUGGGGACACAACGAUAAGCGAAUCUUUAUUGCGACCGGAACGCAAGUGCACAUAGCGUGGGUUUCGCGGCGCGUUGCGUCACUGCAGCUGUUCUGCCGCCUGAAGGUGCAAUCCUCACUGGCCUCCGAAGCACUUCUGCCCAGGUUGCCCCUGCCCGGUCGGAUAAAGGCGCUGAUCGGUAAUCUAUUUGCUCAAACCAUACGGUGUUGUGUUCCCGAUUUGAGGUCCUUGCGGGAGUUUGUUUCGCGUCCUCCCGCCUGCUCGACACGCUUACACUGCACGAUGAUACGACACGAUGACGAUUCCAACCAGAGCUCAGGGACUUGCUAUACGCUCUAUCUGGAGUUUCUCGGUGGCCUGGUGCCACUGCUGAAGGGUAAACGGACCUCGAAAAUACGGCCGGAAUUUGUGAUAUUCGAUCCUCAGGUUGACGAAGUUUCUACAUUUUGUACAUACUCAUCCGAUUCGACCACUACCACGACUACGACGAAAAGCUCGUCCACCUCGAGCCACUCGACUACCGGCACCAACGGUCGGUCCGAUAGUUCUGAGAGUGAGAUCGAAGAAGAUUGCCGAUCACCACGGUUGGAUCGGAAGCGAAAACCUGCCUCGAAAAAGCGCAGCCCCAACGGUAACGAUCGUUCACCGAACCAGAACUCCGAUUCGACCGAAAACAAUGAAGACCUGGCGUAUCUGGACACGCUGCCGGAGCACGUGAAGCUGGUGGAAGUGACGUCGAACAUAUGGGGCACCAAGUUCAAGAUCCACGGGCUAGCCAAAACGCUACCGGCGAACCUUGGCCAGGUGACGUACAAAACAUCACUGCUCCAUCUACAGCCGCGCCAGAUGAAGCUGGUCAUUACGGAGCUGCGGGACGACUUUCCCACCGGUCCCGAUCCUAACUUCAAUCCGAACAUUUUCUCCGAAGACGAAGAGGACCAGCAGCUUCAGCAGCAACAGCUGCAACAGCAGCAGCAGCAGGCCCAACACCAGCUGCAGCAGCAUCUUCAUCAGCACCAGCAACAGCAGCACCAUCAUUCGGGGCUGCUCGGGUCAGUUUUGUCCGGCGCUGGGCGUGAUAGUUCCCCGUCCGGUGCCAUCAGCCGAAAGCUGCUCAGUGAAAGUGCACCUCCGAUUGCACCGAUGUCACCAAGGCCAAAUCGUUUUCCGUCGCGCCCCCGGCGACAUCAACCGUCUGCGCUAGCUGGAUGUUCUUCCUCGUCGUCCGGUGGGCCUUCUUCCCGUGGGCUACUGGGACUGGGGCCGCUAGCACGGGCCGAAUCCUACGAGGAUGACACAGAUGGUGGUGGUGGUGGUGGUGGAGCGCCGGAAGCUUCGGUAGUGGUGGUGAGUGAACUGCACCCGGUGGCCAGCAGCCCAGCGGCACGUACACCGCCCCGGCAAAGCAUUGGUUAUAGCCUCGUAGGACGCCCAUCGUCCGCUUCCAGCAAUCAGUCACGUGUCGCCAUCAGUCCACUGUACUGUGAGGGUUCCGUACCGACGUUGCAAUCGCCAAAAAAUGCCGUUGCCCCUAGUGACAUUAUCUUCGACCGACCGCCGGCGGGUCAGACCACACUUAUGAGCUACUCCGGUGCCAAUGACUACAUCGGUAGCCUGGUACAGGUUAAGAAUGCGCUUGUCUCAUCUGACCACCAUCAUGGAGCUCGAGGAAGUUCGGCGAUGGCUCCCGCAACGGUUCCCAUGAACUUAAGCCUUCAUUUAGAUCGUGCUGAAUCAACCAGAUCGAAUGUGACAAACGGUCGGGACUCCCCGCAGCCACCGAGUGGUUCCAGGAGCACUCCGAAGAAGCAAAACCUUAAGUUUAUCGACGAAGAGUCCACUCCUAGCACCUCAGCCUCACCGGUAGUUCCUCCGACGUUGCAACCGCAAGCUCCAACGACAGCAACGCCGACAACGACGAUGGUAACAACCGUGCCCGCCUCGAACGGACACGAAACGCCUAGUCCCUCUACCAUCGGGAACGGCACGACCUGUGGUAUGCAUCGCACGCCUACCGUCGCCUCCAUGAUGCCCUUUAUCACCGCCGCGAAUGGCGGAACCGGUGGUGCGCGUAUUCCCGACUCGAUCACGCGCAGCUGUAGUGUUGGCUACCUGGACAAUAUGGCAAUCGUGCCGGGCGAGGAGGCACUCUCGAUGAUGCGCCGAGAUGCUCCCUACAAGCGGCUGGUGCUUGUCGACAAGAAGCGUCAGAAAAAAUACAAACGCAACCUGGACGAGCUACGCCAAGCAAUGACGACGGCACUGGCGGCGGCGACCACAACGACGACCACGACAACAGCAGCAACCAGCAGCCGGUUGCUGCGUGUGGACGCAAAGUCCAAGAGUCUCGACUCGUGUUCCGACAUCCUGCAGGACGUGCCGAAUCUAAAUCGUGAUCUCAUUAACCUCUUCCGUCAGAUGCCGAAAGUGAGCGAGCUGUCCGAGAACGAAACGGAGUACUCGUCCUCCGAUCAGGUGAUGGGAGUUGGUGCGAACGGAUGCCGACCUCCCGUGGGUCGUAAAGGAACGGCCCCGAUGAAGUUUGGCCCGGGAGUGUCUGGACUGGGGGGAUCCAAGACGCCGAUAUUGAACCGCAAAGAACAGCCCAAAAGUUGUGCCGUUUGCAAGCAAAUUGCUCCGACGGUAAACUCCACCGAGCCGGUUUGUGUGAAAUGUCGGAAAAACGCCGCCCAACAUCAGGCCGAAGCCCUAGGCGACGAAGGUAAGAAAGAACCUGGCGCUCCGCUACCUGUCAACGAAUGCCCGGGCCCACCGGGCACUGUCGAUACGGUUGGGGCAGGAAAACCACCUCAAGCGCCACCCAAAACGAAACGGACUACGAUAGGGCAGUACAUCCGGUCAGCUUGCGGUAACCACGGAGAUCAUCAUUCCAACGGGAAGGAAUCCAGCAACGGUUCAGGCUCUUCGUCCGGAAAAGGUGGAGGAUUUUUCGAUCGGAAGUCCACGUACCAUCAAUCACCAGCAACAGCAGGGACCACUUCCAGUGUGAUAAAUGGCGGCGAUUGUCCAACGACAGGAUCAUCCACCGGCUCCGAGCCAACUGCGCCCGCUCCGUCCAACAGCACGCCGUCCCGUUCGGUAGCGCGUAUCGUGACGAGCUUCACUGACAGUCCACUGUUUUCGCGUCGGAACCGGCAGGCAAAGGCAGAAUCUAACGACUCUGGCAAGCCGCAGAGCGAAUCGAGCACACCGAUCCUACUCCGAUGGAAUGCGAGUCGUCAAAACCGGCAUAACAAGGCGGACUCACUAGACUCUCCGAAAAAGCACCGCCGUAACGGUAGCUGCCCGGGACCGAGCAAGGAUUCAUCAACGUCCGUCGAUUCCGGGGAACCACCGACUUCGGGAACGGCAUCAACUUCCUCGCAAACGGAAGAUCCACGUCCAUCCGGUGGAACCAGUGCCCCCUCCUGUCAGGGCGGCAUCAUCAGCCGUUGGCGUGAGAUGGAAGAGGGCGGCCGUCAGUCAACGCCGCCGGCCUCUCCGGCCCGGUUAGCUCGCAGCUCACCGGCUUCUCCAACGCCAAGCAAAAAAAGCAAACGACACCAAAGUGCUUCACCGAUCCGGCACAUUCUAAACUCGCCGCUACUAAACCGGCGCCAGCGGAAGAAGCAGCACGCGGAAAGCUCGGACGAUGAAAAUGGUGGUGGCAGCGGAAAUCACAACAACCACAGCAGCCCGAGCAAUCACACGGACGAUAGCAGUGGCAGUAACAGUGCGAAGCAGUACCGUGAUCUGGAAACGUUUCAGAAGGCACAACUGCGACAGAAGCUGAAAAGAGGAAAAAUCGAACCAAACGGUGUAGCCAGCUUUUCGCAGUCCCCGGCGCCGGUCCGCCGGGAGUUUGUGAUGCACAAUAAGGCACCGAUGUGGAACGAAAACAGUCAGGUGUACCAGCUGGACUUUGGGGGGCGCGUGACGCAAGAGUCGGCGAAGAACUUUCAGAUCGAGUUCCGUGGUAAACAGGUCAUGCAAUUCGGACGAAUCGAUGGCAACGCGUACACGCUCGACUUCCAGUAUCCUUUUUCGGCUCUGCAAGCGUUCGCCGUCGCUUUGGCCAACGUUACCCAGCGGUUAAAGUGA